CGAAAUUUGAAUCGACCAUUGCGCACCGGAAGAGACAGUUCUUUAGACUUCCUGCUCUGAGCGUGUUGUAUCGGAGAGAUUUUCAAAAUGCCGCCAAAAAGAGGAAAAGUACAAAAGGAAGAAGUACAGGUUUCCCUUGGACCUCAACUUCGUGAAGGUGAAGUCGUUUUCGGUGUUGCUCACAUUUUUGCGAGUUUUAACGAUACUUUCGUUCAUGUCACCGAUCUCUCUGGAAGAGAAACCAUUGCACGAGUUACUGGUGGAAUGAAAGUCAAAGCAGAUCGUGACGAAGCUUCCCCAUAUGCUGCUAUGCUUGCUGCUCAAGAUGUAGCAGAAAAGUGUAAAUCCUUAGGGAUCACAGCACUUCACAUUAAAUUAAGAGCUACAGGAGGAAACAAGACGAAAACGCCUGGUCCAGGAGCACAAUCUGCUUUACGUGCGCUUGCCCGUUCUAGCAUGAAGAUUGGUCGUAUAGAAGAUGUCACGCCAAUUCCAUCUGAUUCUACGCGUAGGAAGGGUGGUCGUCGUGGACGAAGACUGUGAAUUCUGGUUUUAUGCGAGAUUUAUUAACUUUCAAAAAUAAAUAUUAAAAAAACAUUUUUGUAUUAUAUUAUUAUAUACUUCUAUUCUAUAUUAAUAGCCUUUGAUCAAAAUUGAAACUUGAAAUAUAUACGUACAAAUAAUAGCAUUAGCAACAAAUAUUUGUCAAGUAACUUGUGCAUCAAAAACAAAAUUAAUCAAUUU